AAUGUAUGUAUUCGUUAUCUGGGAAACACCACAUGUUCCAAUGAUGGUAAUGUUCAAUAAGACGGAGUCAGGCCCGUCAGUUGUAUGCUAGAUAUCGAAUGAGAUUUAUAUUGAUACUUAAAUAAAAUUCUAAAAAUCCAACGUAGUAAUUAUUCUGGAAGAUAUUACAUUGGCGACGAGGAUAAAAGUCGAUUAGUGAGUUCAAGAUGUCUGAUAAGCUUGGUGCAUUACGUGAAUAUGAUAUUCAUAGUGAUUGGACAAUUUAUAAUCGCCGUUUGGAGAGUUAUUUCAAAGCGAAUGGUAUUGAAGAUAAUGAAAAGAAACGGGCGAUUCUCCUGAAUUCGCUGAAUGAAGAGGCCUACAAACUGAUGUAUAAUUUAUGGAUGCCAGUCGUUCCAGAAAAUAAGCAAUAUAAUGAGUUAACGUCCAUAUUUGAUGAGCAUUUUAAGAGCUCUUUGUCACCGUUUGCAGCUCGCUAUAAAUUUUAUAAUUCAGUAAUGGAUGCCCACGAGACAGUAGCUAACUGGGCUGCUAGAGUAAGAAGUUUGGCCGGACAAUGUGAAUUUGGCAGCACUGUUUAUGACUGGGUUCUACGAGAUCGUUUUAUAAUUGGUUUCGAAAAAGGACCCAUUCAAGAUAGAUUAUUCGAAGAGAAAAUUACAUGCAGUUUCAGUGACGUCAUCACCAUUGCAUCCAGCAAAAUGGCGGCCCAGAAAAAUUCAUGUAUGGAGGAAGUUAAGAUUGAACCAGGCUUACACCAUAUUUCUCAGAACCCAAGAACGCCAUCAACAGCGCAGAAUCGCAGUGUGAUGAGUGAUAGUGGUGCAUCAGGAAGUGGCGUCCAGAAUCGGCGGAAAAAGUGUACAGUUUGCGGUCGACGCAACCAUUUCACCAGUGAUUGUAGGUUUAAGGAUUAUACAUGUAAUGUAUGUAAUGAAGUAGGUCAUUUAGCGAGAUUAUGUCCCAAUAGGGAACAUCAAAGAAAUGGUCCAAAAAGAUUUCAGAAUUUUAUAGAAGUCAAAGAUGAUUUUUUUAAUUUGACAGAUACAAAAUCAAUCAACCAAUUCAAUGAACCUUUUUUCGUUCAUGUUUAUAUUGAUGAAUUCAAACAUAGGUUUCAACUGGAUUCGGGAGCAAGUGUGUCUGCAGUUUCAUAUUCUUUUUGGUUAGAUAACUUGCGUAAAUAUUCAUUGAGCAAAGCUGAACGUAGCUUGUAAGUUUCCUCUUCCACUUGUUGACGAUAUUCUGGCCGAACUAGGAGGAUCAGUAAUUUUUUCUAAAAUAGAUUUAUCACAUGCAUACAAUCAGGUUGAAUUAGAGGAGGAAUCGCAAGAGUUAGUUACAAUAAGUACUCAUAAAGGUCUCUUUCGUUAUUUGCGAUUACCUUUCGGAGUAGCUCCGGCGUGUGCUAAGUUUCAGAAAUUGAUGACAGUGCUUUUUAGCGGUAUACCAGGUGUAAAAGUUUUUGUUGACGAUUUACUGAUAAGCGGAAAGAAUCAAGCUGAACAUGAUGAGCGUUUAUUUCGAGUCCUAAAUAUUAUGGAAAA